AUGGCACACACCAAACAAACAGCUAAGAAAACUACUGGAGCUAUUGGCCAAUGCGCUGAUAUCCCGCCACCAACCAACACCUUCCAGGCAGGCAGUGGGCAAACAGGCACCCCACUACAGACCCACACAACCACCUCCGCUAAUAACGACAUAGAUGGGUUCAUUGCCUUUACCUUUGAAGAUCUCGGCAAGGACAACCCAGGAUUCUAUACCAAAGCAUUUGAACCCAUUGAAGGCGCCGUAAUCAAUGUAUCCUGCACGACACUCACCUUCUUCCCAAAGUUGAAUACCGCUGAAACUCUGCUGUUGCUCAUUGCAGUUCGUGGAGCUGAGUGCAUGGACGAGCCCGCCAUGGCCACUUAUCAACUCCUCCAUCAGUUUUUGGGCAUGGCCAAGGCAACUUGCAUUAUGCCACUAUCUUCUAUGAUCUGGCGAACUCUGCUGGCAGUGGAAGGUACGAGUCUGAUAUUGCCAAGGCAGUUGCAUUUAUCAAAAGGUAACUGCACCUGUCAAGUCGUUGUGUUCUUCGUGACGCACACUACACCCGAUGGUGACCUUCACUUUUCAGGCCCUCGCCCUGCAAACCGUUCGAAAGGCGCCACCAUGCUUCCUGGGCACAGCCAUACUCCCGCAACCAUGAGUCCACUUCAUGUUCUUCGUAUUCUAAACCCCAACAAAUUCUCCCAGGUUCUCAACCGCAUAUUCACCAAGCAGUUUCUUUCUGCCCUGCAAUGGAUACCCGACACCUCCCUGUUCCUCCUCAUUUGCGGUGGAUACUGCGGCCAUACUGAGACAAUGGAAUGGGUCAAUUCUGUUGUGCAACGCCAAUUUUUCCACGAAGUUAUCUCCUUCACCAACAAACGCUUCCAGCCCUGUUGGGCUUCGUCUUUUUGCGCCAAAUACGUCCAAUCCUUCUAUCUUGAGGAUGUCAAGUAUCCUAUUGCGAUGGAGCAAAUCUUGGCUGGGAAUGCUAGGUUGGGCAUUGUGUCUGACAUCGUCAUCAUCUCCCACGACAAGGACAGCCUCCCAGGGGUUCGAAGGGAUCUGUAUUAUUGGGCGCAAGAAAAACACUCCCCUUAUGGUUUCCGCAUCCCCAGCCAGUGUCCCACCUGUCUCCGCUUGGGAACAAUCACCAGUUCUAUGCCCAGUGACUUUCAUGGUACGAAACUCCGGAUUUACUGCACCCACCGUACCAAUGGAAAACACUGCACUUUUGAACAGCUGGAGUUGAUCAAAGAAGGUAGAAGUAAAGGAUCUGAGCUUCUGCAUGGUUGGUGGUUCACUGAAAUCUUCUAA